AUGAACAGAGACGGAGACAAGAGCGCAAAGACUGCGCUCCGGAGUCAGAAACAACCCAGGACGCACCAACAGGUUUCUGUGCAGAGGAGGAAGAAGGAUCCGUCUUCUAAAGAUGCUCGAAGUGGCUCCUGCUCCAAGGACACCCAGUCAGGUCAGUGCGACACCGAGAAGGAGGUGAAAACAGCGGGGCUGCAGGGAAAGCGUCCGGGGAAAGUGUCAAACAGUGCCACCGUAGAGUGCCAGAGGAGCCCCGGGGCGCAGAGGAAACUGUCCGAUGCCAGCAACGCUUCAGAGGACCUGAGCAAAGACUCCGGCUGCCUCUCUGGGAAACUCUCCUCCUCCGACAGCAGCUCAGAAAUAUCCGACUGCCCCUCGGAGGGCAACAAGCACGACUCUCCAAGUAGCGACAACGAAUUAAGCUGGAUAGACGGGAGAGCUUAUGUGAACCCGGAGACAGGCGACGGCAAACCGAGCGCAAAGGCAGCAGGAGAUACCUGCGCUCCCCAGCCCGAUGCUGCUGGAGGGGGUCUCAGUUUGUUUCACUCCUCUGGGACAUUUUUGGAGCUUAUGAUGGGGGAGACAAACGAGGAUCUUGUCAGGGAGGUGGAAGACCUGAGAUCAGAGAACGAGUAUCUGAAAGAUGAGGUGGAGGAGCUUCGCUGUGAGAUGCUGGAAAUGCGUGACAUGUUCCAGGAGGAGGAGGUGUACCAGCUGCAGGAGCUGCGGCUGCAGCUGGAGCAGGCCAACAAGACGUGUCGCAUCCUGCAGUACCGCCUCCGCAAGGCCGAGCGCCGCAGCAUCCGAGUGGCUCAGACUGGACAGGUGGACGGGGAGCUGGUCAGGAGCCUGGAGCACGAUAUCAAGGUUGCAAAGAGCGUGUCCCUCCGGUUGUACAAUGAGCUGGAGGCGGUGCAGAAGAAGAAUUCCCAGUUGGAGUGGGAAAAUGAGGCGCUUCGUGAGAAGACACAGGAGCUGGAAGUGGCCAAGCAGGUCUUAACGGCUGAGGUGGAGAAAACCAGAGAGAACUCUCUGAAGAAGAAAAGCAUCAGAUCAACAGCCAGUAAGGCUGAGAAGAGGCUCUGUCAGCAGACUGAGGAUGACAGUGCCGAUCUCAAGUGCCAACUCCACUUUGCCAAAGAGGAAUUAGCUCUCAUGUGCAAGAAGCUCACCAAAUUGGUAUCAGAGAGUGAGGGCAUGCGCGAGGAGCUGGCCAAAUACCACUCAGCCUACGGCGACAUAGACGCCACCCAAUCACCUGAAGGCAAACACAACUCCGCCCACGCCCGGGAGGCGGAGGUCAAAGUUCAUUUGAAACUGGUGGAAGAGGAGGCCACACUCCUGAGCCGGCGCAUCGUCGAACUGGAGGUGGAGAACCGUGGACUCAGAGCAGAAAUGAGCGACCUGAGAGAAAAAAUAGGAGGAGGAGGGGAAGUGGAGGAAGAAGAAGAGAACCAGGAUGUUUUGGAGGAACAUGGGGCAGCUUCUACGCCGGCGGGUGACAGAGAGGGAAGGGAGCAAAGUUUGAAAAUGGGAUGUGCUGUUUACGAGCAGGGACAGGACGAGGGAGCCGAAAGAGAUAAAAGUGAUGCAGAGACAUCUCUGCUUUGCAGCCAAUCGCAGACUGAAGGGAUGAUUACUGCUUGUCAUAUCACGCGAGAAGGUCCUGUAGGUGGUGAGUGGGACCCCUCAGACAGUCAGGAGGCUGACAACGACAAAAAACCUGACAGAGGUCUCAAAGGAAUGACUGUGAAAGACUAUGAAACCAUUGUAGCUCUCAGAGAUCAUUCCUGCAUUUUGAAUGCAGCCAUUCAGCUCCUGACGACACCACCGAAAAACGGGCACUGUUCAUCUCCCUCAUGUGCUUUCACCUCUCCGACAGACGUGGACUCUAAUGGUAAUACACAGAAGGUAUUCCAGCCAGGAUCUUUAAAUGAGGCUUUGGAGCUUCUGCAGGCCAUGCUGUUGGCUUUUAUUGGGAGAGUGGAGACGCUUUUAACAGGAGAAGAUUUAGGCAAAAAGGACGGACACGCUUGGGAUUCCUACACUUUCUCCUUUCUCUCGGGAAACUCUACGUAUCAUGACAUGGAUAGCCAUAAUAUCAAAGAGUCACCAUGUAAGCAGGAGUGUGUUGAAGACCUCCGCACCACAGAGGUCAAGGAAAGGGCAACAAGACAAGCGUCUUCAUUCCGGUGGGACGUCCUCCACAGCUGCAGGGACCCAAAAAUGCAACUAUCCUUGCAGAUUCUGUGGAUCCUCCAUCAGUGGUGCCAAGUUAAAGGACCCGACCUGGAGGGAAAAGAGGGUAAAGACAGAACCAUGUCUGUGCUGCGAGGGUUGUUGCAGGACCUCGGUGCGGAGCUUCGGAAUGAUCGGAUUGAAUUCGACAGUGAAGCCAAGGCCACGCAGGGCAAGGCAACUGAGCGUGCCCGCAGUGGUAUCUUUCAUGAUGAACGACCCUGUGAAGACAGAAUCUGCAGCUCAAAAGGGAAAAAACCGAAGCGGCAGUUUUCUCCACACGACUCCAAGAGGAAGAACUGGUGCUAUCUGAGCCAGGAGGCCGCCCAGCUGGACCGAGAGGACCCCGUUAAGACGUGGGACCAUCUAAUCAUGCCGCUUAGCUUCCCUGAUCUCGAUUUUGAGCAGAUGUUCAUGGAGAGAAGCCACACUGCCCCGGAGAAGUCGGGCUUCCGCGUCUACUACAGCCCCCCGUCAGCCCGCAGAGUCCAGUUGGCUCAGUUGAAGCAAAGCCCUGUCGCAGACAGAGAGUCUGUCGACACUCCCUCUCCGUGGUGCACGCCGCCGACCUCCUUCUCUCCGCUCUGUCUGAGCUCAUCUGCCAACCUGAGCGACGAUGUGAAGGAAAUGACGGCCAGCUGGAGGCAGAGAGUCCACGAGAGUUCACAGGAGAAGAGCGGGAGAUUAGCAGAGCGGUGGGUGGACGUGGCCUGCUCAGGUACUCAGACCCACAUGAAGCCACAGAUGGUGAGUGUUGGUCUGCAGACAGAUGGGACUCAGGGGCCAGUCGCCGUGAGAGGCAGCCCUUCUCGCGUCCUGAGCUCAUCCUUGGUCUCUGCCCGCUCUCACCACAUCUCCACCUCACUGGACGGAGUAGCAGGUCGACUCGAGAGGCCCAGACCCUCAACCUCCUCACCUAAACUGUACCGGAGACACUCUGCAUCCAGUGCAACCUGUCUCCCCUCCUCAACUGCCAGUUUGAGUUCCUCGUCCUCUGGAUCCACCUCUAGAGACCGAGCACUGUGGAACCUGAAUCACCAAAGCCCCUCUGGGCUCACGUGGACCCGACAAACCAGUCACAAAGCAGGUGCAGGACAGAACAACAGGUCUCUGAGCAGCCCCAAGCCUCCCUCCAAAUCUGCAGGCGCCAACCGUUACGGUUUGGUCACAGAGUUUCUGCGCAGGGUGAGCGGCCGGGCCGAGAAACCAGUGCCGGGGUCAGGACAGAAGACGAAGAGCGGUCCGAAGAACCUGGAACGUGUUCCGACGAGGCCUCCUGCCGCCCCGCUGCACAGGACCGACAGCGUGACGAGGAUCGUCAACCAGAGGUUCAUGAAGCAGAGAGAGGAAGCCAGCCGAGCCCAGAGAGAGGAGAGGGGCGGCAGCCUGAACCACAGUGUCAGACACAACGUUAACGUUUCAGCAGAGGAUGGAAACUACGACUGCAGCUCCAGCAGCACCUUGACCUUCUGCUUCGCCCGCUCGUCUCGCUCCGCCCAGAGACAAACGUCAAACCAGAGCAAACUCCACCGGCACAGAUACUCGCCUCCAGCGAGCGCGGCUGUGGACUCCAACUGUGAGUGAACGGCCGGGGGAAUAACAACAGCAGCUCCACUGAUGCUUCUGGACAGCUGAGAGCAGUCAGAGCCACAGGGCUGGAAUUUAACACGUAUUCUGUACAUGUACUGUAAACCUUGCAAUUCUGCAGGAUGGUUGAACUGGGAGAACUGGUAGACUGUAUAUGGGAUGUGUAGCAGAGCUGUGAGUAAACUGAUAGGUUCAUUUCUUCUGGUGCAAUUAAAAUCACUCAUCUCCUUUGACAGAUUAAUUUUUAUUUCGCUUACUCAAAUAAAAUGUUGAAAUGUUGAAUAUUCAUUUAUACUGACAGUUAUUUAAACCUUCAAACUAAAACUGACUUUUGCACUUACAUUGUGGAUUGAUUUUCUAUUAUCUUUGUCGUAUUUUGUAGAGAAUAACCUCGUUUUACUGAAUAAACAUCUAAGU